GCCUUAUUGCCCAUAAUGCAAGUGCGAGUUUCCGGUCUGAAUUACACAGUCUAAAGAUGGCGGACCUCCUGGGCUCGAUUUUGAGCUCGAUGGAAAAACCUCCAACCGUCCACAACCAAGAAAGCCGACGGAAAGCUAGAGAACAAGCAGCCAGACUGAAGAAGAUGGAGGAGGAUGAGAAGAGAAAAAAAGUAGAAUUUAGGAAAAAGAUGGAGAAGGAGGUGUCAGACUUUAUUCAGGACAGCACACUGAAGAAGAAGAAAUAUAACCCAAUGGGCAAGAUUGAGAGAAGCAUACUGCAUGAUGUGGCCGAGGUGGCUGGACUGACGUCUUUUUCCUUUGGUGAGGAUGAAGAGAGCAGAUAUGUCAUGCUGUUCAAAAAGGAGUUUGCCCCAUCAGAUGAGGAACUGGAGGCGUAUCGUAAAGGUGAGGAGUGGGACCCACAGAAAGCUGAAGAGAGACGCAGACUAAAGGAACAGGCUGCAUUAGAGAUGGAAGCAGACAGUCACACUCAGAAGAGACCGGCCUCACCCAAUUCAAACUACAGAGACAAAUACAGCCAUCUGAUUGGCACAUCUGCUGCUAAAGAUGCCGCCCAUACACUUCAAGCCAACCAGGCAUACGGCUGUGUCCCUGUGGCCAAUAAGAGGGACACUCGCUCCAUCGAGGAAGCUAUGAAUGAGAUCAGAGCCAAAAAACGUCUGAAGAAAGGCGAGGAGGAAGGAGCUGGCAGCGGCACCUGUUAGUAAAAAAAAACAAAAACAUAAGAUGUUCUGCACAAAAGAAGUGUGAUUGGACAGUAUUUUACUCCUAUAACAAUAUUUUACAUGAACAAUCUUACCUAUGAGAUUUGAAGGUGAAUUGUCAUGCACAUAACUGAAGUCCAGAACUGCCACUGUAUAAGUGCACUGAUCAACAAGGCUUUAAACUCUAUAACUAUGGCUUAACCAUCCAGAACAAUGUGUUUUAGAGAUCGUGAUUAGAAUAGGCAGAAACAUUUGGUGUUUAAUUGUAGGAAUUCAUUUGGCACAGUGAUCUCUAACAGCUGUUUCAAAUAAGUUCUUCAUUUAAAGUUUUAGCGUUUGGUUUCAACAUUGUUUUGCAAUUCCAUUGUAUUUAAAACCGUCAUGAUAUUUAUUGCUUUGACGUAAGUGGUAGGUAUGAUGUCUGAGUCCAUUGCCAUUUUAAUCAUCUUGUCAUAUAUAUUUUAAAUCAUGAGACGGUUUGUCAUUUAACUAGCAGUUGUUUCUUGUAACUGUUUGAUUGCUUUAAUGUUUUAAAUAAAUUUAGUUGAGGGUGA